UGUAAGCCUGCUCGAGUCUGAGUGCUUUAAUUGUCGCCAUGCUGUGUGCUUCUUUCUUUCUUUUGAUGCCAUGGCUUGGGCGGGCUGGACCUCCCAGCCCCACUGGCUACUAGCCCACUUGGCCCCACUGCACGUUUGAGCACUUCGAAACUCAUGGCCCGUCUCGCCUCUACGAGCAUCGGCGAUGCAGCAACUGGACCAGCCACAUGCACGUCAAGCGCCUCAGGUGGCCGCCUCCCCUUCAGCUUCAGCGAAAUGGCCGGCUACAAGGUGCGGCUGGACGCCUCGACGCCUGACCCUGACCUGGAGCUUCAGCAGUGUAUCGUGUGCGGCAAGCGACCUGAGCCCGGCCAGCGAUUGAAGGUGUGUCAGUUUUGUGUGCGGGAGGUGAGUCCCCGCUAUUGCAGCGACGCGUGUCUCAAGCAGCAUUUUCAGCAGGGGCGGCACAACAAGGCCAUGUGCCGGCUCGGCAAACAGCUCUACGACGGGGAGCCUUUACGCGGUAAUCGCCAUGCCGUCAGGAUGGUCCUCAACUGGAUGAGUGAGGACGUCUUCUUCAAGCAGCAGCGGCAGAAGCAGGAGGCUAUCAGGCAAGCGAUCGAGGAGCACAGCAGACAGCCUACGGAGGUGCCUAUAGAGGUGCAGCUGGAUGUCCAUGUCAAGACGUUCGACACCAAUCGCUUGUUCUGCGUUGCGGCCUUGGGGAUCGACUCGGAAAAUAUCGAUUAUGCCAAGCACCGCCCGCCACCAGGCACCGGCCCCAUCAUUUGCGACAGAGGCGUCAGCUAUGGCAGCUAUUUGGUGAUUCCCAUCACGACACGCAACGAGAGGUUCCGCGACACUGGAUGGGAACCGCCGCCUGACCCGCAGCUGGAGGCCACAUGCGCCGAGAGGGUCGUUGCUGUGCUCUCCAAGGCCAUCUCUACCCUGCUGACGCCCGACGUGAAAAGCCGCCGACGUAUCCAGGUGGCCUCGUGCAUCAGUGGCAGUUUUGAUGUCCUUUUCUGGCGAAAGAUGACAUGCACAGUGGCCCACCCCGUCUGCGGACACAGGCUGCCUUUCUACUGCCUCCCCCCGCCCUUUCACGUGGUGUUGCGGGCGGUCGAGGCCGCCAUCCACGAUGUGUUAGGCACCGAAGCCAACGACGACAUCAAUUCGGUCCUAUUCCCGCAGAAUCUAGUGAUGCGCGACCACAUGACGCUGCAGCGGAUGAUGGUGCGGGAUGAGUGGCGGCAGGAGAUCGAGUGGGAGAGAAGCAACCUCAAGGGGCUGCACGAGACUAUCGAUCGCAUCUGCCACGAACUCGCUCUACAGGUGAGGUGGCUGCCAGACAGGUACACUACGUAUGCGAGCAAAGGCUGCACGCGUCUAUACAGCCCUCGCGCCAUAUGUGUGUGUGUGCAGAGCGGCACCCGUCAUCGCAAGCUGAAUUCUGCAGUGGGAAAACUGAAGGCUGACUUCGUCGAGGCCGCUGUCGGCUUCACCGAUUUGUUCAGGUGUGCAGGGAGACACAAUCAUGCACUGACGCACUCAACGCGUGUUCUGUCCCCUUCCGUCGAGCGUGUGUCCUUCUGUCUCUCUGCGCCUCUCCGUCUGUCUGUCUUGACACGAUGGAAGGCGACAUCUAAUCGAGUAUGUCAAGCGCUUCAAGCGGACCUCUGCACAUGACCCUGGAUGCCACCGGUCCUUCCCAGAGCUGGCGGACAUCACCGAGGGCGACCUACGGCCUGUCGAGGCCGAGGUGGCUUCAGCCGAGUACCCCCGACCGUACAAGAACUUAAUAGCCGCCAAGCCUACCUGCAGUCCCGAUAUUGAUGGGCCGAUGGCCACUACUUCUGAUGGGAAGAACAUCUCUGAGGUGGACCUGCUUCUGAGGACUCAGGGUUUUGUGUAGCUACGACCAUGCGUGGGGGUCCCGACGGACUGAGUGAGUGACUCCUUGCGCUUAGUGUGCUGUGUUUGUUCUCGUCUAGCGUGUUCUUCUUGUGCAUCUUGGUACAUGUGUGUGUCUCCAUUUGUUGCAGUAGGGGACGGGGUGCAUCGCACCGCCACCGUGUGUCGACGUUCGACCAGCUGGUCCGGUGCGACUCUUCCAAGCUCCGAAAAUGAUCAUGUCGCCAACAGCCACACAGCCAUACAGACCGACUCAGACAGACGGACAGUGAUUGAAGUGAGAUUGAUGGACGAAUGAGUUGACGGCUGCUCAGGUGUGCCGAUCGACACAAAAGACAGAGACACGGAUGUUGCAGUAAAUUCAUAUGGAUGGAUGGUGAUUCAUUGAGACGCUGAGGCAUGAAAUGAGACGCCCUUUCAAUCGCGAAGGCUUGUGUGUUG